AGUUUGCGUGCGAUCCUGGAUGCCGUCUGCCUGUUGUGCCUAGGUGCUUGCGCACGUGUCGUUUUCCUCCAGCUCAUUCCCACGGCCGAAAAAGCAUGCGAAACGCGCUUCUGCACACAGGGGUGGCCGCCCUUCUCUCUUUCUUCCUUCUGCUUAUCAGCGCCAACACCGGCUCCGCAGCGACAAGCGUGGCAACGCCGCUCUCUACGCAUGUGCUGAAUAUUACGUUGGACGCUGCCGGCUGGCCAACCGACGCGGCAGCACUGGACACUUACGUGGCUGGCCUCGCCUCGCAGGUCAGCACGACUGUCUGCGGGAGUCUGCCCUCUACUGUGAGCAACUGCACCGCCUUCAUGAUGGCGGUGUCGGCGACGUCGUCACCGGUGAAGGUCGCCGUUCAAGUCAGCGUGCUGACGGCCUCGUACGGCGCCGGUAAUGGCACGUACACGCUGCUCUCGCAAUGGGCUGCCGGCAAGAACCUGUUCAGCUUGCCUGCCAUUUCCGGCACUCUCCCUACACCGUCGUACAGCACCGGCAGCUACACGGUGCCUUGCCGAGGAGCGCAGAGCUACGCCUUUCUGCCAGCCUGUGCCCCUUCCGAGACCCCACACACGAUCGUCUACGUGCAGACAACCAGCACCGCCCUGCAGUCGACGUUUCUGUCGUAUCUGUGUCCCACCUCCGCGCCCACGCCCUGCGCCGCCAGCGUCACCGUCACGAGCUCCACCGACAGCUAUCAAGUUGUCAACAUCACCGGCACUUCGAGGGGCUUGGAGGCGGUGCUGGCCUUCGUGGCUGAUGCCCGUGCGAGCUACCUCGGCCCCUCCGCCACCACGAACGUCGUUCCCGGUGAGACAACCGGCGACAGCAGCAAACACCUGGGUGUCACGGCCGUGGAGCUGCGCUACCGCGCCGUCCGCGCCACCCUGUUCUCGGCCAACGAAAACCAGCGCACCUACAUGACCUCUGCCCACCUGUCACUGCAGUGUGAGUCGAGCUACAACUUGUGGGCCAUCGCCUUCGUUGUCAUCCCUUUCCUCGCCAUCGGGCUCUUUCGCUACAUCUGGUACCGCGGACGGCACCGCUCCAAGAAGCACGAGCGGCGCCGCAUCGUUGCGGACGAGACGCGGAUUAUGCAGGGCUACACCAACCCGGCCGACGCCCCGGCCACCGAGGCGGCACCACCGCCCGGCGUGGACACCUCCGCCCUCGCGCCGCAGUGGGCGAUGGACGAAAACGGGAAUUACUACGACGCCAACGCAGCUGGUGCGGCGAACGGUAACGAUGUGCCCCCUGCCACGCGAGGGGUGGACAGCGUAACAUAUCAAACCUGGGUGGACCCGGAGACAGGGGAGACCUACCAGUACGCCGUGGCCAGCUCCGCUGCAGGGGCGGCAACGGGCGCUGAUGCUACGCAGCAGCAGCAGCAACCAGAAGCCGGCGGUGAGGGCGACGUUACGUACCAAACGUAUGUGGAUCCGGAGACAGGGGAGACCUACCAGUAUGCCGUGGACAGCUCUACCGCGGGGGCCGCAGCAGACGAAGCGCAGGAUCAGUCGCAGGCAGCCCAGCAGAGUGGAGACGCCGGUGUCACCCACCAAAUGUAUGUCGAUCCCGAUACAGGUGAAACCUAUCAGUAUGCCGUGGACAAGGCAACCGGUGGGGCCAGCGCAGCAAACGCCGGUGCCCAGCAGACGGCAGAGGCAGGUGGCGGCGAUGGCAGCGUGAGCUAUCAAACCUAUGUGGACCCGGAAACUGGCGAGACGUACCAAUACGCGGUAGAUCCGGCAAAUGCCCGUACUCAAGAUGAACCCGUGGCGCAGACUGCCGUAGAAGCCGCAACGACGGACGGCUAUCAAACCUACGUGGACCCGGAAACUGGCGAAACGCAUCAGUACUCCACAGCAGAUAACGCAGGAGGGGCCGAUGGGGCUGACGGGCAGCAGUACGAGUACGUGGAUCCGAACACGGGUGAGACCUACAGGUACGACGCCUCUGCUGUGCAGAAUGACGGUGUCGCAGAUGCAGCUGCAGCUGGGGACACCGACGCGGCAGGCACCUACCAGUACGUGGAUCCUGAGACGGGGGAGACGUAUCAGUACCAAGAUGCGUAUGCAGCACAGUGA